UUGGACUCGGCAUCUUAUUAGCAACAAGGGAAAUUUCUCCAUUUUGCAGCCUGCCUACAGCGACACGGCCACCGGUCUGGGAUUUUAUUACCGCUCCUCACCUGCCAGCGCGUCCCUGCUAUUCAAAACCACUCUGCUCAUUCCAGGCCGACUUUGCUUUUCAUUUUCCCCGUGAAUCUUCCCUUUGUGCACGGGGGAGAGCGAGAGGGGGAGACAGCAGUGAAGAAAAGCGUUCAACAAAGAGGCUUGUGGGUCUUUGUUCGGAUUUUUUUUUAGGGGGGAUCAGAGUUUCUUUGUUGGAGCGAAGCAUGGGAGCGCAAUUUGCCAAGGCAGCUGGAAAGGCUGAAACUGUCUCGGAGAAGCCCGGGGAAGCUGUUGCUUCACCCACCAAGAGCAACGGACAGGAAAACGGCCACGUUAAAGUGAAUGGGGAUGCCUCUCCUGCGGCGGCUGAGAACGGCAAAGAGGAGGUGCAGGCCAACGGCAGCGCCACAGCCGAGGAGAGUCCCAAGGAGGAGGUUGAGAAGGCCGAGGCCGCCCCUGCCGAGGCUGCAGAAGGAGAAAAGGUAGAGGCGGCGUCCCCUGCUCCUGCUGAGGGAGAGGCAGCGAAAGCAGAGGAUGGCGCCACACCUUCCACCAGCAACGAGACCCCCAAGAAGAAGAAGAAGAAGUUCUCCUUCAAGAAGUCGUUCAAGUUGAGCGGGUUUUCUUUCAAGAAAACCAAGAAGGAGACGGGAGACGGAGCCGAGAACGAGGAGGUGGCAGCGGAUCCAGCAGCAUCCACAGAAGAGGCCAAGGCUGAGGGCACAGAGGAAGCAGCAGCAGCAGCCGCUAGCGAGGAGACCAAACCCGCUGAGGGGCAGGCCGCACCUGCUGCCGAGCAGGCCAAGGAGGAGGUAGAGGCCAAGCCAGAGGCGGCAGCAGCAGCAGCAGAAAAGCCAGUGGAGGAGGCCAAGGAGGUCGCUCCUGCUGAGGAGCCAAAGGCAGAGGAGAAGCCGGCUGAGCCCACAGUCGAGGAGGCGCCCAAAACAGAGGAGGCCGCCCCCACCUCACAGGAAGCAGCAUCAGCGGAGGCUCCUGCUGCAGCUGCAGAGGCUGCUGAAUAAGUUCACAGAGAGGAAGAAAUUAAAACAAAAAAAGGAUGAAAAAAAGAUAAUCAAAGAACAUUUCCCUGUUUGUAUGUGGGAGUGAUGCCAGAUCCUGGCUUUGAAGAACUUGUCUACAAGCAGGGAUAUUUUAAAGCUUUUCUUUACUUUUUUAUUUUUGGUUUCCAUCCCCCUCUCCACACAAAACCCAUCUCAGUCCAUUGUUACUUCCAUUCAUACGGGCUAGGACGAUGGGUGGCUUCAAUACGUACAGCAGAUUUAUUACAUCCACACUGCCAUAUAUUUUUUCAUCAGUAUUAAAAUUUUCUUUUUGAAUUUUUAUACAAAAUGUAAACAAAAUGGUAUGGACAUGCCCGUGGUAUGAAGGAGAAAGGGGGUUGAGCUGUAAAUGAAGGGGGGAGGUGAAUUCAGGGAGGGAGGAGGGGUCCUGGGAAAUGUGCAGCAGACUAUUACGGAAAGAGUAGUCUUAAAAACGAUUAGACCAACACCUACAUACACCAUGCGGUUUACAACACUAAGUCAUUCCUGCGAUAAGACGACAGAAGCAUCCCAGGGUUAGGGUUUUUUAGGACAUAUAAACUCAUAGGAGCUUUUCACUUCUCAUUAGCUGUUCCAGUCAGUGAUUCAGUAGAAAUACAAGUUGUAUAGGCUUUAUUGUUUAUUGUUGGUUUUAUGACCUUAAUAAAAAAUGUAAGUAUGUAUAGGAGGGGUGUUUUUAACUGUGAUUAUUGUACAAAAUGAAAUUUGGAGCUCAAGAAGCACAUGAAGACAGCAGCUCUCUUUUCCACCCGCUCUUUUUUGAUAACAACCAACACGCGCGCAAGAAAUAAAAAUAAAGUCACCCCGGAAAAGAGCUUCAGCAAUUUUGAAUUCAAAAACCAAGCUGUGAUAAGUGGAAUGGUUAACUGUUUAUAUACUGUGGUAUGUUUUUUGAUUACAGCAGGCAAUGCUUUUUUUAGUGGUCUUUGACAAAAAUUUACUGAAACCUAUCAGAUGCAUAUGUUUGUGCAGCAUCUUGUCUCUUUCUUUCCUUUCCUUUUGUAAAUACUGGAGAAGCUUUGGCCAAUUUGACUUAGAGAUGGAAUGUAACUUUGCUUACAAAAAAAUGCUAUUAAACUUUUCUGCUUAAGGUGUUCUAAUUUUCUGUGAGCACACUAAAAGCAAAAAUAAAUGUGAAUAAAAUUUGA